AAUACACAACACGAACUCGAGGCGAUGGCUGUGAAUACUUGCACGAGACUAGGUAACGGGCCUUAUUUACCUAUCUCACCCACUUAAUCAAAUGGUUAUCAAUCAGUGGAGUAUCACUGUGCUUGGUAUGAGUGGCAGUGUUACCCAGUUCGCAUGACAGUGAAAUGACAAGUGGUUUGUUCCUUUCAAUUGCAACGGAUACGUACAGUAUGUGCUCUCUGAACAUUUACAGUCGGGAUAUUUACACGUCGCAACUGGUCAUAUGUGGUCAGUUGGUCAAAUGAAAAAAACAAACAUAAAAAGGGUGUCUAGGGUGAUGAAUGGAAAGACGAAAACACCUAAUGUUCGUGUAUGGUGAAGGAAAUACUGUGACGGAUUGAAUCUGGACAUUCCAAACGUGUGCCUGACUGCCUGGGGGUGAAGCCUACGGCCCGUGGGGGUAGGGACUGUGUGCUUUGUCCCGCUUUGUGCGUGUCCGUGAUUCGGACACGGGGGCUGAGAUUAUGGAUUAACGCCUAGUAACAAUAUGAGGAUUAUGGUGACUUAUUGAAAGAAGCCUUCGUGAUUAUUGUGUCUAUCAGUGGGAAAACAAAGGAUAUUGACUUUGGAGAUGCGACCCAGGACAAGAUACUGGGCGAGGGAAGACUAGAACCAAGAGGAGACUGGAAGAAGAAUCUUCAACAUGGCGAUAUUUCACAUCAAGUACCCGAGACGGAGAGGAUUUCUGAAGUGGGAUGAACUUGGUUGUCUGGCAAGAACUCUGGGGUUCCAAGUCGACCUCUUCAGAAGUAAUGUCACUGACGAAAUUACAGUCGAAAAAGAUGGCAUUCUUAUCAAGGAGGUGCUGCAGAUGCUGGAGUACAAGCUGCUGUACAAGUCGCUGCACCAGACGGUCAACAUGCACAGUGCGGAGUGGAACAUGGCUGCCAUGAGGAAGGUCAUGCUGCUGCUUGACCACAAGGCCCUGUCGUUCGAGGAGCUCCACAAUGUGCGGGUGGCAUACCAGUUGUACGAGGCAGGAGACAUGAAGGGCAUGUUGCUGGACAAACACACUCUGCUGAGGUGUCUCAAGAUGUGCGGGAGGAUGAUAGCCCCGUUGAAGCUGAUGCACCGGAUCAAACACAUGAAGGAGCACUUCGAGGAGACCGGACGAAUCCAGCUUGCCGAAUUCUUUGAUCUCAUCCUCUGGUGCGACCUCCACUCCGGGUUCAGCCACGCCGACAUGGAAUACACGGAGGGCAAGGAGAACCAGCUGUUUAAGCUGGUUGACUUUGAGAAACUUCUGUGUCACCAUGACGACCGUAUCGCCUGGGUGCUGAACAAGAAGUAUCUCAAAGAUGAAUGGGAUUUUGGCCAUGAGACCCUCAGCAGUAACCGAAUGUUUAAAGAACCGCCCAUCACGAAUGAUGCGAGGAUUCAGCAGCUGGAGGAGCGUAAAUUUAGUGAUGAGUAUGUUCACUGGCUGGAAGUUGAGACCAAGUUCCACAAGAGGAGUUACUCUCAUCUGAAGAAUGAGGUGGGCCAUUCACAGAAACGUGUGUAUCGAGCUCAUGCGGGCUACAUACGAGGACGACCAAUCACAGCGCCGAAUCUAAGCAUGUAUCAACCCAAGGAGGAGGAGCAGAAGGCUGUCGAGACCACGGCGAAGGAGGCGUAUCAGACGGUCAGACAGCGGCUUCGAUCAGCUCCUUCCACAGCCAGGUCUACGUCUCUGUUUGCGGAUCGGCCCACAACGAGGGAGUAUCAGCGACUGACUACGCCCCAAGUUGUCACCCGGGGAGAUUUGUCGGAGGUGGAGACGAAGCUCAAUGGUCUCAAGUUUGACAUGAUCACAAUGGACAGCAAGUACGACAUUGACAAGGAGGAGAAGAUGGACCAUUACCUGCCUGGGUACCGUGACAAGCUAGCACAGCGGCCCCCUCCAGUUCCUCCUCCGGAGCCAAAGCCAGAACCUCCCAAGUCCACCCACUGGACGGAGGAGGUGAUUGAGGAACUGGUCCAUCCCAAACAGAGGCUGCCUCCCUCUCAUGCUCGCAAGUGUGAUGCCAGAUUCCGUGGCUGGCACCAGGUGAGAACGAGGCGAGGAUCGCACUUUGUCCUGGUGUCUCGAUGCUAUGAUUCCUCCCCCAAGGGCAACCUGUUCACCAAACUGAGGGAGCGAACUUUCACGCCAGUCCAGCACAUCCACAAGGACCACCUCUACCGCCACACCACCAUCAAUCAAGUCCAGAGAGGGAAGGGUCGCCUGGGUGAAGAGAGACCCGUCACUGCCCCUGCCUUCAUGCAGAGAACAAGAGUCAGACGUGAGAAAGAAGUCCUGUCCGAAAGCAUGGAGGGAGAGAUCGUUCAUCCACAAGCUCCCACCCCGAGAGAUGUGGAUCAAGAUGUUCCACUUGCGUUUGGGGAAGAUGCUAGACAUGAGGAAAGGAUGGCGAUGGUUGGGAGGAAGAAUGACAAGGAACCGAGUCCUAGGGGGGCUGACUUUGGGUAUGAGUCUUUUGAGGAGGAGCUGCAGAGUAAUGAACCUUUGGGGAAGAAGGUGUUGGGAAGUCAGAUGAAGGGAACUGUGGUUUGUGAUGAAGGGGUUGGUAAUAUGGAACCGGACAACGGACCUUGUGAAGAUGUUGAGAUACCAGUGCCCCACAUGGAGCACAGCAAACCCAAGAUUGUAGAAGUUGGCCAGAUUGGGACUAUAGCGCUACUGGAGAAGAUAGCCGAGUCUCAGGACCUCGAGGACAUAUUCAGUCAGUCCUCCCCAACCCGCCAGGAUGAAAAUCAUGAGUCAGAUGGUCGAAAAUCUGAAGAGACAAAAAUUAAUCUGGUGAUGUCGUCCCCAGCGGAGUUUAAUCAAGUGACUGAAGUACCAUGUACCUCAAGUCCAGAUCCUGAACUGGAUGUCCCGGAUUCUGCCAUGGACAGACACACCUGCCUCAAGGAACUUAAUAAUGACAGGUCAGAGUGCACAAGCAUGGAGAACCAGUCUGAGAUAAUGAGAAGUAGGACAAAAAAUGACCAGAAUGAACCAACACCAAAGAGUAAGGCAAGCAACCUGAGGACAAAGUCUACGAAAUCGGAACAUCCCGAAACUACAAAUCAGGUCCUGGUUAUGAAACACCUGAAGCCGAGAAGUGCUAGUAGUGUUCGAAGUUCAAACCAUAGUGUCAGCUCAAGCCUGAAGCGUUGCUACUCGGCAGGAAACCAAAGGAGAAAUAGCUCCCUGUCCAACAACAGCAAACACUUCAGGCUCGUCCACAGAGUUAGCGACUCUAUCUCUAAGGAUCUCAGGAAAAGACUACUAACUGCUGGGCAUUGUUGAUAUAGGCCAUGUGUCUAUGUCCACUAACAUAUUGGCAAUAUUUAAUCAGCUCCAUUGAAUGGUAGCUAUAAUAAAUAAUUUAUAGGCAGUAGUAUUUUAUAAGGCUCCGUUCAAUGGCAUCUAACAGAGCUGAUGGGCAGUGUUGAAUUGGUUUCAUCGAAUAUUGUGUUCAUAAUCACUAAAUUUAACGUAUGGGCAGUGUUAACAUGGUUGAAUGACAACAUAGUUACUAAGCCGUCAUUGAAGAUAUCUGUGUUUUGGGCAAAACUAGCCAGUGGUAUGAUAUUGGGUAGGUAUAUAUAGUCAGUGAGAGAGGGAUUGCCAUUCUGAUGACAUGUGAGUACCAGCAUGUUCCAUGUAUAAAAAAUGUUGGCAAAAAGUUAUCAGAGAUAUUAUAAGAAUAUGGUAGUUGCCUAAACAAAAAAUUUUUUGUAUUAGGCAAAUAAAAUAAAAGUUUUGGUUCUCAGGCACCGCCUGCAUCAUCAUAAAGUCUUCCCCACAUUUCAUUUUUAUUUCCAUUUUAAAAA